GGGAAACAGAUUGCGCCGUUUUCUCUCGAAUAAUACUGGAUUUUCCCCGCUACUUCCCAGUUUGGCCAAAGAAUCUACUUUUUCAGAGGACAGAGGGGAGAUUAUUUCAGGUAAAGGACCUUAACCCUUGAUUUUUUUUUUCAUCACAAUUGAGGUUUUGGGGGUUUGGGAAGGCUGAAGAUCUCGCUUUUUUUCUUCUCUAUCAGUGAUGCAGUGAUUCUAGUACAAAAAAAAAAAAAAUCGGAGAGCUUCGCAGAACAUCCUUAGUGAGGUAGAUGGGACAGAGGUCGAGAAAUGGUUUUCUAGAGAUUGCUGGUCAUUAUGUUGAAACGGCGGUAGGCGCUGGGAUCGGAGGCCGGCCUUGAAACGCACAGGGCCCGUCGGGCUGCGCUUGCCAAUCGCUGCAGAGCCGUUUGACAGUUUUGUGUUUUUCAGCACCGCUGGGGAGGAGACAGCGCAAGAAGCCGAAAGCAAUGACUCCUGUCGCCUGUUUCCGCACGAUAGCGUGAAUCCGGUGAACGGCUGUGGCUAUCCGUCGCCCGUCUCAAGCGUUUGCACUUUAAUCGGUUCGGAAAGGGAACUUCACGAUGUUCCAGAAUAGAGGAGAGGGCCUGAUGGAUAUCUUUGUCGACAUAGGUUGUUUUUAAGAAACUUGGAUUAUAAAAAAGAAGGAGAGAAAGGGGCGAACGAAGGGCAGAGAAACCACUCGAUAAAAAAAACAAAAAAACGUAGGCCUAUUUGGUUGACGCGUGACUUCGUUCGGCAGUUAACGGGUGUGAGAUGAUCUCGGGCAGCGAUAUAUUUCGCCCUCGGAGUCUGGCCGGCUCGUAGACUGCAGUCUGCAGGUAUGCCAGUAAAGGAUUUAAUUCAGAAGGUUUACAAUGCGUCAAUGCAAAUUAAUCAUUUUUAAUCGUCAGCCAGUCUACUACAGGGAAUACAGUUAUAUGUUGAAUUAGCUUGUAAGGCUUGGACAUAAUUUUUUUUUUUUCUCAGAAGCCAAUUACUUUUUUUUUUUUACAACAUGGUGCUUGCAGUGAGGCACGGUGCCCAUUUAAUCUGGGUAGGCCUGUUCGUGUGCUGCAUGUUGGACCUUGGAGCCAGUUUGGAGUUCACGGGCGCGGAGGGGCAAUGGGCAAGGUUUCCCAUGUGGAAUGCGUGCUGCGAGAGCGAGAUGAGCUUCAACAUGAAAACGAAGAGCUCCCACGGACUCCUUGUGUACUUCGACGACGAGGGCUUCUGCGACUUCCUCGAACUGCUGAUACACAACGGCAGACUUAGCCUCCGGUUCUCAAUCUUCUGCGCGGACCCCGCCACCGUGCUGUCGGACACGGCAGUCAACGACAGCCAGUGGCAUGCGGUGACGAUACGGAGGAACUUCAAAAACACCACAUUAAUUGUGGACAGAGAGAUAAAACGGGUCGAGGUGAAGUCAAAACGACGGGACAUGACAGUGUUCAGCCAUUUAUAUUUAGGCGGGGUACCGCCGGAACUACUGUCAGCCACGUUGAGGCUUACGUCGGCCGCCGUGAAGGACCAAGUUCCCUUUACCGGAUGGAUAACUGACCUAAAAGUGAACAAUUCUGAGCCCGUGCUUACUGACAGCGAAGGAGUCAACAAUGAUGUUUGUGGCAUAGACAAUAUGUGUUUAAAUGGAGGAGUCUGCAACGUUAUCAACGACGAACCGACGUGCGACUGUUCGCAGACUGGAUACCAGGGAAAGGACUGCAGUGAAGAAGACAAGUAUGUUCAAGGUCUCGCGCACCUGAUGAUGGGCGACCAAGGAAAAGAAGAGUACGUGGCGACCUUCAAAGGAUCGGAAUACUUCUGCUACGACCUGUCGCUGAACCCGAUCCAGAGUAGCAGCGACGAGAUCACGCUGUCGUUCAAAACGCAGCAGAGAAACGGACUGAUGCUGCACACGGGGAAGUCGGCCGACUACGUCAACCUGGCGCUGAAAAACGGCGCGGUGUCGCUGGUCAUUAAUCUGGGGUCCGGGGCCUUCGAAGCCCUGGUGGAGCCGGUCAAUGGCAAAUUUAAUGACAAUGAUUGGCAUGAUGUCAAAGUUACCAGGAAUCUCCGUCAGCACUCAGGCAUUGGACACGCUAUGGUAACAAUAUCUGUGGAUGGAAUUCUCACCACCACGGGAUAUACACAAGAGGACUACACCAUGCUAGGGUCCGAUGACUUUUUCUAUGUCGGGGGCAGUCCUAGCACGGCCGACUUGCCGGGAUCGCCCGUUAGCAACAACUUUAUGGGUUGCCUGAAAGAGGUAGUGUAUAAAAACAACGAUGUGAGGCUGGAGCUGUCGCGUCUGGCCAAGCAGAGCGACCUGAAGAUGAAGGUGCACGGCAUGGUGGCCUUCAAGUGCGAGAACGUGGCCACGCUGGAGCCCAUCGCCUUCGAGACGCCCGAGUCCUACGUCACGCUCAGCAAGUGGAACGCCAAGAAGACGGGCUCCGUGUCCUUCGACUUCCGCACCACCGAGCCCAACGGGCUGCUGCUCUUCAGCCACGGCAAGCCCAAGCAGCCGCACAAGGACGCCAAGGGCCCCCAGGCGCUCAAGGUGGACUUCUUCGCCAUCGAGAUGCUGGACGGACACCUCUACCUGCUGCUGGACAUGGGCUCCGGCACCACCAAGACCCGGGCCGUCAACAGGAAGGUCAACGACGGGGAGUGGUACCACGUGGACUUCCAGAGGGACGGCAGAUCAGGUACCAUCUCCAUCAACACCAUCCGCACGGCCUACACGGCCCCGGGCGAGAGCGAGAUCCUGGAUCUGGACGACAACCUGUACCUGGGCGGCCUCCCGGAGAACCGGGCGGGGCUGGUGUUCCCCACGGAGGUGUGGACGGCCCUGCUGAACUACGGCUACGUGGGCUGCAUCCGCGACCUCUUCAUCGACGGCCAGAGCAAGGACAUCCGUCGCCUGGCCGAGGGCCAGCGGGCCGCCGGCGUCAAGCCCUCCUGCACCAAGGAGGCGCCCAAGCAGUGCCUGAGCAACCCCUGCCAGAACCACGGCGUGUGCCGCGAGGGCUGGAGCCGCUACGUCUGCGACUGCUCCGGAACCGGGUUCCUGGGCCGGUCCUGCGAGCGAGACGCCACCAUCCUGAGCUACGACGGCAGUAAGUUCAUGAAGAUCAAGCUGCCGGUGGUGAUGCACACGGAGGCCGAGGACGUGUCGCUGCGCUUCCGCUCCCAGAGGGCCUUCGGCGUGCUCAUGGCCACCACGUCACGCGACUCUGCUGACACACUGCGCCUGGAGCUGGACGCCGGCAGGGUCCGGCUCACUGUCAAUCUAGACUGUAUCAGGAUUAACUGUUCCUCCAGCAAGGGUCCGGAGACUAUAUUCGCUGGCCACAAUCUGAACGAUAACGAGUGGCACACGGUUCGAGUGGUCAGGAGGGGGAAGAACCUGAAGCUGACGGCGGAUGACAUGCAGCCUGUGGAAGGUCAGAUGGCAGGCGACCACACCCAGCUGGAGUUCCACAACAUCGAGACGGGCAUCGUGACGGAGAAGGGCUACCUGCCCAGCGUGCCGUCCAACUUCAUCGGCCACCUGCAGAGCCUCUCCUUCAACGGCAUGGCCUACAUCGACCUGUGCAAGAACGGCGACAUCGACUACUGCGAGCUCAACGCCAUGAUCGGCUUCAAGAACAUCAUCGCCGACCCCGUCACCUUCAAGUCCCGCUCCAGCUACGUGGCGCUGACCACCCUGCAGGCCUACUACUCCAUGCACCUGUUCUUCCAGUUCAAGACCACCUCCUCCGACGGCCUCAUCCUCUUCAACAGCGGCGACGGCAACGACUUCAUCGUGGUGGAGCUGGUCAAAGGAUAUCUGCACUACGUGUCUGACCUGGGCAAUGGAGCUCACCUGAUCAAGGGCAACUCCAACAAGCAGCUGAACGACAACCACUGGCACAACGUGAUGAUCUCGCGCGACACCAACAACCUCCACACCGUCAAGAUCGACACCAAGAUCACCACCCAGACCACCGUGGGGGCCAAGAACCUGGACCUGAAGGGUAACCUGUUCAUCGGAGGCGUUGCCAAGGAGCAGUACAAAGACCUGCCCAAGCUGGUGCUGGCGAAGGAGGGCUUCCAGGGCUGCCUGGCGUCGGUGGACCUGAACGGCCGGCUCCCGGACCUGCUGUCGGACGCACUGGACUGCGUGGGCCAGAUAGAGAGGGGCUGUGAAGUUGCAUUGAUGAAAGCUGACUUGCAAGGCCCCAGUACCACCUGCCAGGAGGACUCGUGUGCGAAUCAGGGCGUGUGCCUGCAGCAGUGGGAGGGGUUCAGCUGUGACUGCAGCAUGACGUCUUUCGGAGGGCCUCUCUGCAACGACGCGGGAACGACGUACAUUUUUGGGCGGGACGGCGGGCUGAUGGUGUACACGUGGCCCCCGAACGACCGGCCCAGCACGCGGGGGGACCGGCUGGCCAUCGGGUUCAGCACCCAGCUGAAGGAGGCCGUGCUGGUGCGGGUCGACAGCUCCUCUGGACUCGGGGACUUCCUGGAGCUGCACAUCGACAAGGGCAAUAUCGGAGUUGUAUUUAACGUGGGGACAGACGACAUUAAUAUCGAAGAGACGUCAAAGUUUGUAAAUGACGGGAAAUACCACAUAGUGCGGUUCACUCGGAGUGGUGGCAACGCCACACUACAGGUGGAUGACCUGCCUGUCAUUGAGCGGUACCCCACAGGCAACAAUGAUAACGAACGCCUGGCGAUUGCUAGACAGCGAAUCCCAUAUCGACUUGGUCGAGUAGUUGACGAAUGGCUACUCGACAAAGGACGCCAGCUCACUAUCUUCAACAGCCAAACCACCAUUAAGAUCGGGGGGCGGGACCGCAGCCGGCCCUUCCAGGGCCAGCUCUCCGGCCUGUACUACAACGGGCUGAAGGUCUUCAACAUGGCGGUGGAGGGGGACCCCAACAUCCGCGUGGAGGGCAGCGUGCGCCUGGUGGGGGAGUCUCCCCCGUCCGUCACGCCCCAGUCCAGCGCCACGGCGCACAACCGCUCCGAGACGUCCACCUCCAUCAUGGAGAUCACCACCACCACCGCCUCCAGCCACCGCGGGAGGCAGCCCACGCCCCGCGAGCCCCAGCAGACCACGGAUGACGUGUCUGCCUCUGCGGAGUGUCCGACCGACGACGAGGACAUCGAACUGUGUGAGCCGAGCUCAGGUGGGUUAGCGAACCCGUCGACCACGAAGGAGUACCCGGGGCCGUCGGAGGUGUUCCACGAGUCCAGCAGCACCACGGGGAUGGUGGUGGGCAUCGUGGCGGCGGCCGCCCUGUGCAUCCUCAUCCUCCUCUACGCCAUGUACAAGUACCGCAACCGGGACGAAGGCUCGUACCGCGUGGACGAGAGCCGCAACUACAUCAGCAACUCGGCCCAGUCCAACGGCACCGUGGUGAAGGAGAAGCCGGCCAACAGCGCCAAGGUGUCCAGCAAGAACAAGAAGAAUAAAGACAAGGAGUACUACGUGUGAUUCCCCCCCACUCCCCCUCCGCCCCCGCCCAGCCGGGAGGUCCACUCAAAGACCCCCCUCCCCACCCCCACCCCACCCCACCCCCUGUGUGUAUGAUAACAAACCCACAAACUAAUAAAACAUUUAGUCUUCAUUUUAUCUAAGACGGAAAGGCAAACUUAAACGGAAAUAACCCCACAGACUUGCUUUACUUUCUACCCGGGCGCACCGGACCGCGAGGAGCUGGACGGACAGUACGGUGAAGCGGACAGACUGAUGGACGGGUUGAGUUGAGAGGGGGCGACGGGCGGGUCGAGCGGAACGAACGCGGACGCUCCGAGGAGCAACAGACGGGAUACUGACAUCGCGCUCCCUGUUUCUCUCCUCCUCCUCCUCCCUCCUCCCUGGGAGGCGUGGCUAGGAGGGGGUUGGGAGGCUGCGCGAUUGGAGGGGUUAAAUAUCAUAAACUGUCAGUGUUUUCAUUUAUGUUGCCUGUGUUUGUGUUGCUGGGACAUUUCAUCGUAAUGAUGAUGAUGAUGAAAAAAAAUUAAAAAAUUAUAAACCGAUGCAUAAAUCAGUAAAAUUACGAAAACCGCCAAAACAUUCUGGAGUGACGAUGAGCAAAGGGAAACCACGGGAAGCGGACGUGGACGGACGCAGAAGCUACCUACGUUUGAGGAAACAGCCAAAGUAUUUGCACUCACACAGACCACAGGGCCGGCAUGAACUGCGUUGCCGGGCCAACUGUCCGUCUUGUCGAAAGUGCAAAGAAUGGUGUGGCCACCAGAUAUAAAAAAAGAUACUCAUUACAAAAAAAAAAGAAAAAAAAAGAAAAUAUAAACAUUCAUGUUGUGAUUAAGGAUUUACGGAGGCCUUACUUUCAUUCCCGUUGUGAAGUCCAAGGCAGGUGUUUUUGCGGAGAAUUUGAGGAUAACUACGGAAUGGGGAGAACUCCAUGCACGCAAAGUAUCUUAUAACAUAUGUUUAUAUACAGUACAAACACAUCUAUAUGUGCUUUCUGGACUGUGACAAGUGGUGUUUUAUAGGCUGUUGUAUAGAUGAUGCAAAAUAUAUCAGCUCUUCAACCAUUUUUAGUAAAAAAACCAACGAGAAAAGAAUAAAAAAGAGACAUAAAUGUUAGUAAGUGUUGCUAGAUAUAGAUUUUAUGACAACAUCUGCAGUUACCUUUUUGUUGCUUUAUUAUUUUUAAUCCCUCCUCUAUGCAUAUUUUAUGAUUCCUUUUUAUUUUUUUUCCCACAGCCAUCGAUUUGUAGUCCGUAUAGUGUCCCAGCUGUUUCCCUGACUCGUCCUCAUGAGUUACUGAGCGUCGAGGAAGAGGGUGGAAGGUGGGGUGCGGGGUGGGGUGUGGGGUACCUAGAGGGGAGCGGGGUGGGGUGGGGUGGGGUAGGCGUGCGGGGGAUGACAGAACAUUACACGCCACAGGAAGAGGUGGGGUGUAGGACCGCCACUGUCUUCCCGAACCCGUCCCAGAUUAAACUUACACCAGAGGUGUCCAAUCUUAUCCUAAAAGGGCCGGCGUCGGUGCAGGUUUUUGUUUUAGCCCAGCAGUAACACUCCUGAUACUAAUGAACUAAUCGUGGUCUUUAAUCGAGACCGUGAUGAGUAGAAUCAGCUGUCUUAGUCCUGUGCUAAAACAACAACCUGCACACACACACCGGCCCUGGAUGAGAUUGGACACCCCUGCUGGAUGCUAACGGGGAAGGUGGAUGUGUGUGAAUGGAGAUGCUGUCAUGUACGUGGUGAUGAACACACUGUAGGUCCUGACCACGAUGUACGAUGUGGUCGAUUGAGAAGGAGAGGUUCCGGGAGUCGGACGAAGGGGCCAUUUCAAUACGUCUGUGUUUGUGAUGUCAAGCCGUUUCAUGAGACCUGUAUUCAGAAUGAACUUGGGAAAAGAAGAAUAUUACCUAAGCUAUAAAUAAUGACAAUUGUUAUGUUUUUCUUUUGUCUUUUUUUUUCGUUUUUGCUAAUUCUUUUUUACAGUAUUUUAUGUUAAUUGUGAUGAUUCUCUAUUGACCUCAAAGUAAACUUUAUUAUAAAAAAAAUAUAAAAAAAUAGUUUUGAAAAAUUUAAAUGAAUAAAUAAAACAUUACCUAAAGUGAACACAAGUCUAUGAUGAAAUUAUUAGAAGGGUGUAUAAAAGCUAUGGUAAAUGAAAAACGCUAUAAGGGGAAAUAACCAAAAAUCUGUCAUUUACCCUUUUCCCCCCUUGUGGCUUUAUUUUCUACGAUAAAUGAGUAUGAAUAUAUGAGGGGGAAAAAAUGUACGUAUGAGUGGGGGAUCUCUUGAAAGUUCUGUUUUUUAUAUGAUUUACAUUAAUACUGCCUCACCAUGUAAUACCCUGUUCAUUAUAAUCUACGUUGUGUAUCCCAUAUUCUGCCAUUUUAUUUUGAAUUUUUAACACGAGCUUAUGCUGGAAAUAAAAGCUGAAGUGGGUGAGAAGUG